AUGUCACUCGCACGCACACUCGCCACUUCGCUCGUCCGCGCAACUGUGCCAUGGCAUAUUCCGCCUGCCCUUCCCCGCCGACUCCGAACAGCUCUCCCUGCGCCCACCGCCGCCUCCUGGCAUCUACUGAACCACCGACGAGCGUUCGUCACCACUCCUCACGCCCGCCGCGAGCAGCCGGCAUCCCCAGAAGACGACAGCGCACUCCCCCAAGUGGGCUACAACUCGUCAUCCUCUACACCAAUCGGUCAGAUUGAGCGCCGACUACGGAUCACAUUCACCUGCACGGCGAGCGUGACGCCUGAAGGGAAGACGGAGGCGGAAGCGAGCGCGUGUGGGCAUCGGAGUAGCCAUGAGUUCGCGCGACGGAGCUACGAGAAGGGGGUGGUAAUCAUCCAGUGUCCUGGUUGCGGGAACAGGCAUCUCAUUGCCGACCACCUGCACUGGUUCUCCCAGACACCCUCCCCCGCCCACCCUACCGGCCAACCGAUCGGCUCUGAAACGCCCCGCACAAUCGAAGACCUAAUGCGCGAGAAGGGCGAGCAAGUGACUUGGCAGUCGAACCCGGACCAUCCUCCUUCGUCUGCAACCGAUGCCGACGGUCGACAGCAGGUUCGGUUUGUGAUGCGUGAGCGGCAGGAGGAGGAUGGAAGUAAGACGAUUGAGGUGACGGAGGAGCAGGGUGUGGCGGACGAGCAGGGUGUGGCGGACGAGCAGGGAGCGCAGAAGUAG